UACUCUCAGUGUAAAAAAAUGUUCAAACUUCCAUUUUCCAAAAAAAAUGUGUAAAAUAUGACUAGAACAUGGGCAUUGCACCAAAUAUCGAUCGAAACGUGGCGAGUGAAAUUGUGCUCGAAAUGUGGACAUCUUCUUCUGACCCCAAAACCAUGGAACAAGUCUGGAAAGACAUAACCCUCGCCCCCUCCCAUCUCCACCUCACCACCGCCGCCGCCGGAAAGAAGAGGUUACAGGGUUUCGACAUCACUUCCGCCGACGACCGCCACCAUAAGCGCAUGAUCAAGAACCGCGAGUCUGCUGCUCGCUCCAGAGCUAGAAAGCAGGCUUAUACUACUGAGUUAGAGUUGGAAGUAGCUCAUUUGCUUCAAGAGAAUGCCAUGCUCAGAAAGCAGCAACUACAGUUUUAUAGAGAAGAAGCAGCUGCUGUCCACAAAAGGAAGCCUCUCCAUAGAGCUUCCACUGCUCCAUUUUGAUUAAAUCACUUCAAUUAUAGUAUGUUGUAUUUUUAUGUCUAGAUGUUAGAAUGGAUUUUCUUUGGAGGGUCAUUUUUCUCUUUUGUUGGAAUCCAUAACCAAGAUAUGAAUAUAUCUUACUUUUUCAAUGCUA